AUGAGCAUAUUAGACCUAUCCAAGCUUUUCAUGUAUGAAUUUCAUUACGGCUUCAUCAAAACACAAUAUGGUGGGAAUGCAAAGUUGCUGAUGACAGAUACAGAUUCCCUGUUUUACAGGUUUGAAGUUGAAGAUAUGUAUAAAGAGAUGAGUAAACAUAUUGAUUUGUUCGAUACAUCAAACUAUCCUAGAGAUCAUUUUCUGUUUAGUGAAAUAAACAAGAAGGUUGUUGGUAAGAUGAAAGAUGAAACUGCAUCUCAGCCAGUAAUGGGAUUUGUUGGAUUACGACCAAAAAUGUAUUCAUUCAUUGUUUACAAUGAGGAAAAAACCCAAGUGAAAAAAGCAAAGGGAAUCACCAAAUCUGUUGUUAACAAAGAAUUAGCAUAUCAAAAUUACGUGGACUGUUUAUUAAACUGUAAAUUAGAGAGACAUACAAUGAACUCUAUACGGAGUGAAAAUCAUAAUCUGUUUCUUAAAGCUAUCAACAAAAUUUCCCUGUCUUCCUUUGACGACAAACGAUGGUGGUUGAAGCCUAAUGGUAUUGAAGGUUAUUCAUAUUGACACUUUAAAAUCACUGAUAAUUAAAUUAAAGACUAAACCAAGAAAUAAAAAUGAAACCUUCAAUAUUAGGCUCCAACCACCAUCGUUUGUCGUAAACUUAUACAGUGGAAUGGGUGGAUUAUUCAUAUGGACACGUUAAAUCAUUGACAAUUAAAUUAAAGACUAAACCA